CCGGGAAAUUCCCGGGCGGAGGUGAGGAGGCUGGCGCGACUGUCAGCUGAGCAGCGCUGGGUGGGGUCGCGAGGCCGCGCGUCCGCCAGAGGCUCCCCAGCCCCCGCCGCCCCCGCCCCCGCCCCCGGCCGGUCCCCUGGUCGGCGUCUGCAUCCGGGUCCAGAGCCCUCUCCCAGCGGCAACGAUGCCGAGGAGGCAGUGACCCCGAGGGAGGCCGGAGGCCGGAGCCCGGGCGCCGGAAAGUGCUGCCAUGUCCCACCAGCCAGUUAGCUGCCUGACUGAAAAGGGGGACAGCCCCAACGAAACCACAGGAAAUGGACCCCCCAAUCUGGCUCACCCGAACCUGGACACGUUCACCCCACAUGAGCUGCUGCAGCAGAUGAGAGAGCUUCUCAUUGAGAACCAUCAGCUGAAAGAAGCCAUGAAGCUGAACAAUCAAGCUAUGAAAGGGCGAUUUGAGGAGCUUUCGGCCUGGACAGAAAAGCAGAAGGAAGAACGCCUUUUUUUUGAGACCCAGCACAAAGAAGCCAAAGAGCGCCUAACGGCGCUGAGUCUUGAAAAUGAAAAACUGAAGCAAGAAGUCGGAAAACUAAAAGGGAAAACUGAAAGGUCAUUCGAGGUCCCCAAGGCAGAAGCAGAACAGGAAGUGGAACAGCUGAAGACCCAGGUGGCACGCCUUCAAGCUGAAAAGGUCGAUCUGCUGGGCAUCAUUUCUGAAUUACAGCUCAAGCUGAACUCAGAUGGCUGCGAAGACUCCUUUGUUGAAAUCAGGAUGGCUGAGGGAGAAGCAGAUGUGGCAACGAAAGAAAUCAAGCCAAGUCCUGGGCCCACAAGAACCGAUUCCACUGACACGAGCAAGUCUGCAGAAGGUGCCAGGAAUUAUUUGGAAUUUGAGGCGUUAACUGUGAGCCAGCUCCUGCUUUGUCUAAGGGAAGGAAAGCAGAAGGUGGAGAGACUUGAACUUGCCCUCAAGGAAGCCAAAGAAAGAAUUUCUGAUUUUGAAAAGAAAGCGAAGGAUCGUUGUGAGAUUGAGACCCAGACAGAGGGGCGCACAGAACAAGAGAAAGAAGAGGAGAAAGGCACAGAAACUGUUGGAAGUGAAGUGGAACCGUUGAACCUUCAGGUGACAACCCUGUUUAAGGAGCUUCAGGAGGCUCACACGAAACUCAGUGAGGCUGAGCUAAUGAAGAAGAGACUUCAGGAAAAAUGUCAGGCCCUUGAAAGGAAAAAUUCUGCAACCCCAUCAGAGCUGAAUGAAAAGCAAGAGCUUGUUUAUAAUAACAGAAAGUUAGAGCUCCAAGUAGAAAGCAUGCGAUCAGAAAUCAAAAUGGAGCAAGCGAAAACAGAAGAUGAGAAGUCCAAAUUAGCCACUCUACAGUUGACACACAACAGGCUUCUUCAAGAAUACAAUAAUGCACUGAAAACAACUGAGGAACUAAAAAGAAGAGAGUCGGAAAAAGUGGAUAAGGUAGUGCUGCAGGAACUGAAUGGAAAGCUGGAACUGGCAGAGAAAGCCCUGGCUUCCAAGCAGCUCCAGAUGGAUGAGAUGAAGCAGACCGUCGCCAAGCAGGAGAAGGACCUGGAAACCAUGGCUGUUCUCAGGGCUCAGAUGGAGGUUUAUUGUUCUGACUUUCAUGCUGAAAGAGCAGCAAGAGAGAAGAUUCAUGAAGAAAAGGAGCAACUGGCAUUGCAGCUGGCAAUUUUGCUGAGAGACAAUAAUGCUUUUGAAGAUGGAGGCAGCAGGCAGUCCCUGAUGGAAAUGCAGAGCCGUCAUGGGGCGAGAGCAAGUGACGCCGACCAGCAGGCUUAUCUCGUUCAAAGAGGAGCUGAGGAUAGAAACUGGAUGCAGCAGGAACAACAGAAUAUUCCAGUUCAUUCUUGCCCCAAAUGUGGAGAAGUUCUGCCCGACAUAGAUACACUACUGAUUCACGUUACGGACUGCAUCAUUUAAGUGUUGACCUUUCACCUCCCCCAAACUGUUGGUAAAUGUCAGAUUUUUUCCUCCAA